AUGUCAGCAACGUUCCCGGGUCUCGUCCAUGAUCCCGAGAUACGUCAUGACGGAUCAAACAGCUAUCGCCUGAUGCAGUUGGGAUGCUUGGAAUCAGUGGCAAAUUCGACCGUCGCCUAUUCAUCCACAUCUCCAUUAACCUAUUCGGCGAAUGGAACCGACUUUACCUCGCCUUAUUUCUCCACUAACCACCAGUACACCCCUCUUCACCAUCAGUCCUUUCAUUAUGAGUUCCAGCACAGCCACCCGGCCGUCAACCCUGAUGCCUAUUCCUUGAAUAGCCUCCACCAUACCCAACAGUAUUACCAGCAGAUCCACCACGGAGAACCGGCAGACUUUAUCAACCUUCAUAAUGCUCGGACUCUCAAGUCCUCUUGCCUGGAUGAGCAGAGGAGAGAGCUGGGCUGUUUGGAAGCCUACCGCCGACAUGACUUGUCUCUAAUGAGCCAUGGAUCCCAAUAUGGCAUCCAUCCAGACCAGAGACUUCUACCGGGUCCAAACCUAGGGUUACCACCUCCGGGCUCCGAUGACAUCCAGAACUCGGUGGAGGCACAGUGUGGAUUAGUUUUAAAUGGUCAAGGCGGGGUAAUACGGAGGGGUAGUACCUGUGUUGUGAACCCAACAGACCUGUUCUGUUCUGUUCCUGGACGUCUGUCGCUACUCAGCUCCACCUCCAAAUAUAAAGUGACCAUUGCAGAGGUGAAAAGGCGCCUGUCACCUCCAGAAUGUCUCAAUGCUUCUCUCUUGGGAGGGAUCUUACGGAGAGCUAAGUCUAAGAAUGGGGGACGGUGUUUACGGGAGAAAUUGGACAGGUUGGGGCUGAACCUACCGGCUGGCAGACGGAAAGCAGCCAACGUCACCCUGUUAACUUCUCUGGUUGAAGGCGAGGCCCUCCACUUGGCCCGGGAUUUUGGAUACACGUGUGAAACAGAGUUUCCUGCCAAAGCAGUGGGAGAACAGCUCGCCCGACAGCACCUUGAACCUAAAGAACAGACGCCAAGGAAAAAAAUGAUUCUGGCAACUAAGCAAAUCUGUAAGGAAUUUCAAGACCUGUUAAGCCAGGACAGAUCACCUCUGGGAUCUUCGAGACCAACUCCAAUUCUAGACCUCGACAUACAGAGGCAUUUAACACAUUUUAGCCUGAUCACACAUGGAUUUGGUACUCCUGCUAUCUGUGCUGCUCUCAGCAGCUUCCAAACGGUCCUGAGUGAAAUGUUAAAUUAUCUGGAUAAGCACACGGUUACUAAAAACGGAGGCUCGCCGGAGAAUGGCCAAGGCAACGGCAACACAGAGAAGGCGUCGCUGCGGAAGAGCUUGGACCCAUCGCAGAAAGACAGCAAAAUCGAGAAGACGGAAUGA